CCCAACGACAACAAUAACAACUAACAAGUUACGACGACCGCCCGUCGUCCAUCUCCCAACUUCCAGAGUCCCGGACCAGACGUGGGGCACCAUGAACAUUGUACAACAUCGGCCGGCAAGUCGACUACUUUCCGCGUGACUCAUGCGUCGUCGUUACGGUAUGAGUCACGGACAGAUGACGAAAAAAAUGUCCAUUUGCACGAUUAUUUGCAACUCUGGCAAAGUCCUAGAUAAUUUGUCGUCAAAAACUAUAAACAAUCGUACAAAACAUAAUAUUAUGGACAACGUAUGGCAUAUAAUUAGACGUCGUUAUUUGUUAAGUCUGUCUGUUCAAUCGAACACGAAUAUUAUGAUGAAAACGACGCAUCUUCUAUGAAGGAUAUUGUUGUUACCUUUAAACUUUCAAAAUGCUACAGUUACAUCAAAACGGUUCGACAAAUAAUGGUUACACUAACUGUAUUGCUAGAGCCAUGUAUGAUAACAUUGCUGAAGCACCUGAUGAAUUAGCAUUUAGAAAAGAUGAUAUAUUAACAGUAUUAGAACAAAAUACAGCUGGUCUUGAGGGAUGGUGGUUAUGUUCAUUAAGAGGCCGUCAAGGGAUAUGUCCUGGAAAUCGCUUAAGACUAAUACCAGGUGUUUAUGAAGUCACUGAACCUCAAAUUAUAUCAAAUUGUAUCCAAGAUAAAAAUCAUUUCAUUCAUGAAAGCAAGCAUCAAAGUUGGCAUGGAAACCUGAAUACAGUGACAUCACAGCAGACAUUAGGUGAUCUCCUUACAUAUGAUACUCCUCAAAAAACUAUUGAUUCUAAUGGAUAUAAUAUUCCACCUACCAAUCAUACAUUAGACCGGCUAACAAACGAUUUUGCAAAACGACCACUCAGUAUUGGUAGCAGUAGUGGAUGCUGCAGUGAUAGCUAUGACCCUCUUCCAAACCAACAUCCUCUUGUUUUAAAAGAAAGCUAUGAUGUACCAAGACCACUGAAUAUACAAGUAACUCCUAGUAGUUCAAUCAGCUCAUUAUCAACUGGUGGAAUUUGUAGUAGUACAAGUGGAAGUGAAUCUAAUCGGUCUAGUAGUAUUGGACUAGAUUAUGAUGUUCCUAGAAACCGAACAUUAGUUUCUUUACCAUCUGAGUUACAGAAUUUAACUAUUAGUAGCCAGGAUUACGAUGUUCCAUCAAAUAAUUUACAACCCAAAGAAUUAUCCAUAGAUUUAAACUGUGCAUUGGAUUGCUUAGAUAAAUUAACAUCAGAAGUGUCUUCUAAUACCACUCAGCUAUUAAAUUAUGCUGGACCCAAUUGGAGAAAUCAAAAAAACUUGGAAGCUAAUCUGGUCGAUAUAAAAAUUAUAUCUUUACGACUUAAAAAUAGUUUACGCCAAUUUAUUGAAUUUUCAGAAGGAUGUCUAGGAAAUGCAAUUAAUGCUUGUGAUAAAGGGAUUUCAACUAAGCUUCAUCCAUUAGUAUUUGAUUUAAUUAAAACUGAUAAAAUGAUAUGUUAUUCCACAAAUGCUUUGGAUUGUCUUGAUUGGAAACCACGAGUAUUAUACAGAGAUUUAAACAAUGAAUGUGAAUAUUCUGAAGAUGCUCUGGAUAAGCUAAUUUCAUGUGCCAAAUUAUUAACUGAUGACAUUCGUCAGGUCACAUCAUUUAUUAAGGGUAAUUCAACUUUGUUGUUUAAAAAAAAAAUAAUUUCUGAUAAUGAUGAAGAAGAUGACGAUUAUGAAUACAUAUGUGAUGAGAAUGGCAAAAAGCCUAAUAUAAGUAGUGCUUCCAUUAAAAAUGACAAUUCUUCUUCUGAAAUUUCUACUAAAGAUAAAAAUAUAUAUAAUUAUUACAGUCAUCAAAUUGACAGUCAAACUGAUUUGUUAACUAGUCACAUUAACAAUUUUUUACAAAUUGUUAAAGAAAAUCGCCCACCGCCAGUAUUUAUUAUGAAAGUAAAGUAUAUAAUAUUAAUUGCACAUCAAUUAGUUGUUGUUGGUGAUACAAUAUGUCGAAAUGUUCAAGAAUCAACUGUAAAGAAUCAUGUGGAACAGUGUACAAAAGCUUUGUCUGCAGGUAUUUCGGCAGUAGUUCAAAAAUCUAAAGUAGCCACACAGUUAUUUCCCAGUGUAACUGCUGUUCAAGAAAUGGUAGAUUGCGUUGUAGAAAUCUCACAUGUAGUGAAUGAUCUGAAAGUAUCUGUCUUAAAAACAAAAUGAAUCGUUUGUAUGUUCGAAUUCUGUUUGAUCCCUAACUCAGUGUUUUGUACUGAAAUUUAUAGAAAAUCGUCAACUAUUAUACUUCAUUUUAACUAACAAUGAAAAUGGUAUGAGUAUUAGGUGACUGUAAUAUUAAUAAAUUAAAUGUUAUGUGAAGUUCUUAAUUUCUACUAAAUAAUUUCUUUUUAAUUAAUUAAUAAUCCAUUAAAAAAAAAAAAUAAAAUAAAAUAACAAUUAUUUGCAAUAAAAGAAUCACUCAAUUUGGAGUUUAUGAACUAUUAAUAUCUGUGUAAAAUAGUAUGCAAUGAUAAUAUGAACACAAUAUAUUUUAGAUUUUAGAUAUCUUAUAAUAACUAUGCAUCAUUUCUGAUCAAAACAAUUUCUACAGUUGUACUAAUUACUUGAAUAGUUAUUAGUUAAUCACUCCAAAGAACAAUCAUGACAGAUAUAAUUGGAUAAAGGUAACCUAUACUUUUUUUCAACUGAUAGAUGUUUUACAUAAAAAAAAUCCUCGUUGAUCCCUUCUCCUGCAUAUAAUAUUGUAUCAAAUUCCUUAACAUUUAUUAAGAACAGCUUACUUAUAUACUUGAUAAACAAUUUACUUUUAUAUAUCAAGCAAUAUUAAAAAUAGUUAAAAUUGAUUGGAAUUAAGAUAUUGUUUUUUUAGUAAGAAUAGUUGUUAAAAUAUAACAUGAUGUAGUGGCUGCAGUCACUAAAUGGUGCUUAAAGUUCUUAGCAAAGAAGCCAUGCCUCAUUUACGGAAACUCAUGUUCCAAAAACCUAGGGUACCAUACCCUAUAAUAAAUUUAAAAUAAAAUUAUAAAUGUUAUGCAUAACCUAUACUUAACAUAGACAGUAUUUUUUUUUUUAAUUCAAUGGCAGAUAUUCUGAAUAUUGAAAUUACUUAAAUUAUAAAUUGACAAUAAUUCAUAGAAAUAAAACUUUUUAACAUAUAGUAUACUUUUUAUUUUUAAAUUAUUUGUCUAUAAGUUUAUGUUUAAAUUAAAGAAAAGUUAUGUUAAUUAAUAUGGCCAUUUUAAACAGUCUGCUCAAAUAAUUUUUGAUGUUGAAAUACAAAAAUAAAUUUUAAUAAAAAGUAAUUAAAUGUAUGUCCACUGCCUGUUGUAUUGUGUUGCUAGGUAAUUUAAUCUGUGAAUGUUGUUACUGACAAAUAAUUGUAUGCAAUGCAACAUAAUAAAACAAUUAUAGUCUAAUCCACGAGUAUGGCACAUGGAUGAGUUUUUACUAGCUUACUAACGCCAGCAAAUAAUCCAAAAUUUAAUUGUUCAUAUUAUCUUAUUAAAUAUUCUUUAAAAGUAAAAUUUGCAUAUUAUAGUAUUUUCAGUUUAUUCAUAAUUAAACAUAACUACAAUAAAUUGUUUUAAGUAUGGAGAAAAUAUAUUACAUUCAAUUCAAAUGUCUAUUUCACUACUCUAAACAAUUUACCGUAGUUAUUGUUAAAAAUUUGACUUAUUUACUAAUAGGUAUUAAGUAUAUUUAAUUUCUAUAAAACUAAAAAUUGUAAAUAUAAUUUUAUAGUUUGGUCCUCGUGGUUUUUAUAUUUGUAGAUUUUUG